AUGUCCGUGUCUACCAGCCAAUGGGAGAACUGCUCCAGCAUCUUGGAAGAAAAUGUGCCUUGCUCCGAGACAACCGAGGUCAAGGCCGUAGACGUGGCACUGUUCAUGUUUGCCUGUCUGCUGUCAUCAUUCGUUUGUACAGGCAAUCUGCUGGCCAUCUUGUCCAUCUGGAGAACGCCGUCCCUGCGGACGUUGCCUAACCUGUAUGUGGCAAGCCUGGCCGCAGCCGACUUUGUGGUGGGGUUGGGCACGGUGGUGCUGGCCCUCUUUCUGCUGCCGGCAGUGCGCGUGGAGCUCUUCUAUCGGUACAUCAACCUGUGCGUGCUAAUGCACGGCACCCACCUCGGCAUGAUCGCAGUCUCCGUGCUGCACAUGACCCUCAUCUCCAUCGACCGGUUCCUGUACAUCAACCGGCCGUACGUGUACGAGCGUGUCGUUACCGUCCGGCUGGUUCUCGUCUGUCUGACCGGCAUCUGGGUGUUCGGUCUGUUUUACAGCUUGGUGCCUCAGUUCACGUACAAGCCGUACGGUGUACGCCCAAUAUGUGACAUCACCAUGCGGCUGCCCAUUGAGUACUUGUUCUUCACCAGCGCCAGCCUCUACUUCUCACUGGCCUCCAUCAUCAUCCUCAUGUACUCGCUCAUCCUGCGCACGGCCUUCAGGCAGCAGAAUGCUGUUGGCGCCAACCACGUGACACAAGUACAAGGUGAAAACCAAGCUUCUAGAAAAAGUACACUAAAGGGUGUCAAAUUUUUCAUGAUUGUCUUUGGGGUGUUUUUUGUCUGCCUGACCCCCGUGGUGGUCUGCCUGGGAUUUGACUACUACUCCUACGUGCCAGGGCCCAUCUACCGGUUCCUCAAUUUGGUUGCUCUCACCAACUCGGGCAUGAACUUCGUCAUCCUAGCAAUCCUAAACAAGCAAUUCAGACGAGCGCUUUUCAAGAUAUUAUGUCCAUGUGGGGGCAGCAGAAAAUCGUUUGGAUCGUCAUCUCCUUUGUGAAAGAUUAACAAUAUUCAGGUGUUGCAGUGACUUGAGUCUAGUCACAAUUUUUUAAAGUCUGGCCUCAGCCUAACAGUACCAUAAAAUAUACAAUUGAAUAUCUGAUUUUUAUUGUUAGGGUCUAACUUUUGCUACCUGUUUGUAUCAAAAGUCUAACUUUUGCUACCUGUCUGUAUCAAAAGUCCAACUUUUGCUACCUGUUUGUAUCAAAAGUCUAACUUUUGCUACCUGUUUGUAUCAAAAGUCUAACUUUUGCUACCUGUCUGUAUCAAAAGUCUAACUUUUGCUACCUGUUUGUAUCAAAAGUCUAACUUUUGCUACCUGUUUGUAUCAAAAGUCUAACUAUUGCUACCUGUUUGUAUCAAAACUUUUGCUACCUGUUUGUAUCAAAACUUUUGCUACCUGUUUGUAUCAAAAGUCUAACUUUUGCUACCUGUUUGUAUCAAAAGUCUAACUUUUGCUACCUGUUUGUAUCAAAAGUCCAACUUUUGCUACCUGUUUGUAUAAAAAAUCCAACUCUAAAUCCUGAUAGAAAAUCAAGCAAAGUGAAAGAUGUAUUCGUCUGGUGAA